CUGAGGCUGUGAAGGCCGAUGAGGAUGAUGAGCCACUACUGGAGCUAGUCUUGGUGUGCGCUUACGGAGCCUUUGCUGUAACCAGCUUCUGGGAGCGCUGCAGCAAAGAGAGAGGAAUAGUGCAGGGAAAGCAGCUUGUUGAUCUGUUGAAGCACCUUGGUCUGCACCAUGUCGUGUACAGUGGCCUGGAGAACAUGAAGCAGCUGAUGGGAGCAGAGUACUUCCAGGAUGUUGGCGUUCCCACCAGGACCAUCUGACUGCCAUUCUACUUCUAGAACUUCCUUUUCAAUUUCUAUGCCCUGAAGCCAGACUACAACGCAGGCCUCACCAUGAAGCUCAACCCCAAGGCCUGCACCUUCCCUCAGCGGGCAGCAGACAAUAAGGCCGCCUUCCAGCCCUUCCUUGCCUCCUCUUCCACCUGUGCUUCUGCAGCAGGUAGCAGGAACCAGCCAAGGAGGUGA